UAGACCAUAUAUAGUUUUGCUUUUUAUUGUUUAUCAAGUGGAUCGACAUGCCUCUAACGCAGAUUUUCGGCAACCUCAGCUUAUGGGCUUCCUUACCAGCGUUUGUUCUCUACUACCUGUUCUACAGCUCGUUCGAACGUGACAAUCCCGAAGGCCGCGUCACUGACACCAAGACUUUCCUGAGUGAGUACGAUUUUAUCGUGAUCGGAGCUGGAUCGGCCGGAGCUGUUAUUGCUAAUCGACUGACGGAAGUAUCUGACUGGAAAGUGCUACUAUUAGAAGCUGGAGGAGAUGAAACAAUCAUCUCCGAUGUCCCUGGAACGGUCCAAUAUCUUCAACGUACCAACAUCGAUUGGCAAUACAAAACAGUGGCCCAAUCUGGGUCGUGCCUUGCUUUCAACGACAACAAGUGUAACUGGCCACGAGGCAAAGUACUAGGUGGCUCGUCCGUCCUCAAUUAUAUGCUUUACGUCAGAGGAAAUAAAAAAGAUUACGACGACUGGGCAGCUUUGGGGAACACUGGAUGGUCUUUCGACAAUGUCUUGCCUUAUUUUAUCAAAUCGGAAGACAACCGGAACCCGUACAUUGCAGCCAACACGAAAUACCACGGGACGGGAGGGUAUUUAACCGUACAAGAGCCGGCGUACACGACGCCCCUUGCCACAACGUUUGUCGAGGCCGGCGUCGAACUGGGCUACGAAAAUAACGACGGCAAUGCUGCCCAGCAAACAGGCUUUAUGUUGGUUCAGGCCACCAAUAGAAGAGGGCACAGAUGUUCGACGGCCAAAGCGUUCCUGCGGCCCGUUCGCAAUCGUCCAAACUUGUCCAUCUCCAUGCAUUCAAGGGUCCUCAAGAUAAUUAUCGACUCGUCAACUAAACAGGCCACAGCUGUUCGCUUCGAGAAAUCCGGCAAAAUCUACGAAAUUAAAGCGACUAAAGAAAUCAUCCUGUCAGCUGGAUCGGUCAACAGUCCACAGCUAUUGAUGUUGAGCGGAGUCGGACCGGCAGAUCACCUCAAUUCGUUGGGCAUUCCCGUUAUAGCCGAUCUUCGUGUGGGUGACAAUCUCCAAGAUCACAUCGCGUUAGGAGGCAUGGUCUUUACCGUAAACAAGCCCUUUGGAUCACUGGAAUCGCGAUACGUUACCCUUGCCACCUUUCUGAAUUACACAAUCAAUUCCGCUGGACCCAUGGCGUCGUUAGGUGGUUGCGAGGGCCUUGCGUGGGUCAAAACAAAAUACGCAGACAAAACGAUUGACUGGCCCGAUAUCGAGUUUCAUUUUGUUUCUGGAACGCCCGCCUCCGAUAGCGGCUAUUCUAUCCGCUACAACAAUGGCGUUAGAGACGAUAUCUGGGAAAAGUAUUACAAGCCAGUUGUGAACACGGACAUGUGGCAAGUGAUCCCCAUGUUACUUCGUCCGGAAUCGACUGGAACUAUCCGGCUGGCCUCUAGCGAUCCGUACACGGCCCCGCUGAUCGACCCGAAGUACUUUGACAAAAUUCAGGACUUGAAUGUGCUCAUCGAAGGCGUGAAAAUCGGACUGGCGUUGAGCAAAACGGAAGCGUUCCAGAAAAUGGGGACGAAAUUUUACGACAAAAUUUUCCCCGGUUGCGAAAGCUACACUCCGUGGACGGACGCUUAUUGGGGAUGCUUCAUCCGCCAUUAUUCGUCCACCAUUUACCAUCCAGCCGGCACUUGCAAAAUGGGUCCGUCGACAGACCCAACAGCUGUCGUUGAUCCCACAUUAAAAGUGUACGGAAUUAAAGGUCUGCGUGUAGCUGAUUGCUCCAUUAUGCCGAAAGUCGUGUCGGGCAACACCAACGCCCCUGUGAUUAUGAUCGGCGAGAAAGCCUCCGAUUUAAUCAAAGCCGAUUGGCCACACAAUAAAGAUAACGUCAUUACUGAACACAUUCUAGACAAGAAGUCGUCGAAGAAGAAGAAAAUGAAAGUGAAGCAUAUUUGACGGAUGUAGCCAAAAUAAUUGCGUUAAAUGGGGAGAAAGAGAAUGGUUUCCUAAUCUCUCAGUGAUGCAAGCUCCAGCGGAGCAGCAAUCGCCCAAUUGUUUGUUUAACCAAUUGAAACGUUGCCCUUUUUAUUUAAAAAAAACCU